AUGGCAGAUGGUACCUACAGGUUCCAGCAGCCUGGGGCCGGGCAGUUCUUCUUUCAAACGCAACAACAACAACCUUCUCAUCAACGACACCUUGUCCGGAACGGGACGAAUUCUCCGACUGGAAGACUGAAAUUUAGUCACGACACACCAUCACCUUCACGAUCUCCUCCCCUUGGCCAAGCAGCUGCGCUCAAUCCAUUCACUAUGUACAGUCAGACACACCAAGGGCAGCAUGUCCUGAUGAAUGGCGGCCAGGCUCACCAACGCUUCGGCAUGCAGAUGCCGAAGUUUCAAUCCCAGAGUCACCAUCCUCACCCUGCACAGCAAGCUCAUCAUCAUACACACCACAACCAAGCCUCCCACAAUAUUAACCACCAGCACAACUUCUCCAGUGGGGCGUUGGCUGCCGCUACUCCUCACUUUACCCCGAGCCACAUGCAGAAUGGGGCUCAUGCUAACGUUGACGAAGAUAUCGAUGAAUCUAUGAAUGAACAUUGGCAACAACAGCUUCAGCUGGCCGCUGAAUCGCGGCAGGCGAGUUCCCCGCAUUACUAUGCCCGGGCCGUCGCUCAACAGACAAAGGGCAUCCAAAUCGCUCCCAGUCAGCCUGAACCCCAGGAGAACGGAGGUGAUGUGAAGAAUGGGCUGACGAAAGUAAAAGCAUCCCCGAGGCAGGGCUGGUAUGCCCUCGAUUUCGGCGGACAAGGCCUCCGGGCACUCUCCACGUCUUUGUUCAGUUACGAUUUCCUGAAAGAGCUGUACCUAAACCACAACAAACUCAAGGCGCUGCCUCAGACAAUUGGCCAGCUGCGGAAACUGGAGCAUCUGGACCUCUCGGGCAAUGACCUCACCGAGCUUCCCGAGGAGAUUGGCAUGCUUACGAGCCUGAAGAAGCUUUACUUGUUCGAUAACAAUAUCCGUACGCUCCCUUACGAAAUGGGAUACCUCUACCGGUUGGACACUUUGGGAAUUGAAGGCAACCCAUUGAACGAUAUUUUGAAGUCUCAAAUUAUGAAGGAGGGUACCAGAGCUCUGAUUAAGUAUCUGAGGGAAGAAAUGCCAGAAAACCCCCCUCCUCCGGACAGAGAUUGGGUUAUUCUUGACGAGACUGCGGGCACCUCCACUGAAAAGAUCACCGUCCUUUCCUAUAACGCACUGUGCGAUUCAUCUGCAACACAGUCCCACUUCGGAUAUACUCCUUCUCGUGCCCUGUCAUGGGAAUUCAGAAGAGAUGUCAUCCUUAGCGAGCUAAGGUCUCAUGACUCGGAUAUCGUUUGUCUUCAAGAAGUAGAUCAAGGUAGUUACAACGGUUAUUUCAGAGAACAAUUGGCCUACAACGGCUACAAGGGUGUAUAUUGGCCUCGAGGAAGAGCCAUGGGUAUGCAGGAGGAAGAAGCCAAGUCUGUUGAUGGCUGUGCUACCUUCUUCAAGGGGACCAAGUUCAUUCUUCUUGACAAGCAGAUGAUCAACUUUGGCCAAACAGCGGUACGGAGACCUGAUGCCAAGGGCCAAGAUGACAUAUACAACAGAUUAUGGCAAAAGGAUCACAUUGCAGUUGUUGUAUUCCUUGAAAACAGGCUAACGGGCUCGCGGUUCAUCGUUGUGAACGCCCAUCUCUAUUGGGACCCUGCCUUCAAGGAUGUCAAGUUGAUCCAGACAGCUAUUUUGAUGGAAGAGAUCACGAAGCUCUCCGAGACGUACGCGAAAUGGCCUGCGUGCACCGACAAAACGGCGUUCCGCUUUUCAGAAGCGGAAGGUGGUGAAGCACAAACUCCACCGGAACCUGCUCCAUCCAUGGAGUAUAGCAGUGGCGAUCAAAUUCCUCUUUUCAUGUGUGGAGAUUUCAACUCAUCGCCUGGGUCAGCGGCGUACAAUCUGAUUGCGAACGGACGGCUAACGGAAGAGCAUCCGGAUCUCGAGAAGCGACUUUAUGGAAACUUGAGCCGGGUUGGUAUGACCCACCCGUUCAAGCUGAAAUCCGCAUACAACUCGAUCGGCGAGUUGAGUUUCACGAACUAUACACCUGAUUUUAAGGAUAUUCUGGACUAUAUCUGGUUUACAUCGAAUACGCUUCAUGUUUCGGCGUUACUCGGCGAGGUGGACAAGGACUAUCUGCAGAAAGUUCCCGGGUUCCCUAACUUUCAUUUUCCUAGUGAUCAUAUCGCAUUAUUUGCGGAGUUUGUUGUUAAAGGGAAAAAGGGAAAGGUUGUGGAGGCGGAUUUUGGACCGCAACGGAAUUGA